GACGCGAGAACAGCCAUUCGAAUCCAGUAUUAGUGCGGUGUAGAGUGCUACUCGGUGUUUUUUCAUCUUUCACGCCUGUCUUCCUCCCCGAGUUUACCGAUUUUCAUUUUCGUGACUUCGAACCCGACAUCCGGUGGUGAGUAGUAGAGUACACGCAGCGAGCAAGUAAGCAACAGUGUUCCACGGCCAUCCAGACAUCAUCGUACAACCUACAACACACCCAUUUUCAGGAUUCUCCCAAGAAAACGUUAGAGAGUGUACAGACAAAAUGCCUUUUAAGCCAGUAGAACACCCCAAGUGUCCCAAAUGCGGCAAAUCCGUAUACGCCGCGGAAGAACGCGUCGCCGGAGGACUCAAAUGGCACAAGAUGUGCUUCAAGUGUGGUCUGUGCGGCAAAUUGCUCGACUCGACAAACUGCUCCGAGCACGAGGGUGAGCUAUUUUGCAAAGUGUGCCACGGACGCAAGUUCGGUCCUAAAGGAUACGGCUUCGGUGGAGGCGCUGGUUGCCUGUCCAUGGAUCAGGGCGAACAUUUGAAGAGUAGCGAGGAGCUCGCGAGGGGAUCGAACGCCGUUCUGGAACCGAGAGCCAUCGCGAAGGCGCCUGAAGGGGAAGGUUGUCCCCGAUGUGGAGGAUACGUGUACGCCGCCGAGCAGAUGCUAGCUCGAGGAAGGGCUUACCAUAAGCAAUGCUACAAGUGCAAAACCUGUCAACGGUCUCUGGACUCGACGCUUCAUUGCGAUGGUCCUGAUCGCGAGAUAUAUUGUCGAGCUUGCUAUCCGAAGAAAUUCGGUCCGCGAGGCAUUGGCCAUGCUGGGGUUAUGUGGAUCGGGCUGCAGUGCGAUAUUGAGGACGAGGGCGAUGCUGCUCCUCGUACAACCGUGGUCGACACCGCCGUAAUCAAGGCCCCACCUGGCAAAGGUUGUCCACGUUGUGGUGGCGUUGUAUUCGCUGCUGAACAGGUGCUUGCAAAGGGCCGCGAAUGGCACAGGAAAUGCUACAAGUGUCACGACUGCAGCAAAACUCUCGACUCUAUCAUCGCCUGUGACGGGCCCGACAAAGACGUCUACUGCAAGACUUGCUACGGAAAGAAAUGGGGACCGCACGGAUACGGAUUCGCAUGUGGAUCGGGAUUCUUACAAACCGAUGGCCUAACGGAGGAAGAAAUAUCAGCCUCUCGCCCAUUUUACAAUCCUGAUACGACGGCUAUCAAGGCACCAGCUGGUCAGGGAUGCCCCCGCUGUGGUGGCAUGGUAUUUGCCGCCGAACAACAGCUCGCCAAAGGUACUAUGUGGCACAAGAAAUGCUUCAACUGUGCCGAAUGCCAUCGACCUCUGGACUCCAUGCUAGCCUGUGAUGGACCUGACAAGGAAAUCCACUGCCGAUCUUGCUACAGUAAACUGUUCGGACCCAAAGGAUUUGGGUUCGGACAUACCCCGACUCUCGUUUCAACCAAUGGAGAUCACGCUCCCUCAUACAUCGAUGCCAAGCCUCAGGUGGGUCAGAAGCGAAACGACGGUCACGGGUGCGCGCGUUGCGGCUACCCAGUGUACGCUGCGGAGCAGAUGAUCUCGAAGAACCGCGUGUGGCACAAGCGCUGCUUCAGCUGUGCCGAGUGCCACCGUUCGUUAGACUCUACGAAUCUGAACGAUGCCCCGGACGGGGACAUUUACUGCCGUGGCUGUUACAACCGGAAUUUCGGGCCGAAGGGUGUAGGCUUCGGCAUGGGGGCGGGUACCCUGACGAUGGCCUAACUUCUUCAGGAACGUCGAAACGCUGGAAACCAGUCUCAUAUAUAUAUAUAUAUAUAAAUAUAAAUAUACACAUAAAUAUAA